CUUCCUUCAAAACAGCUCUGAGUCGGUUCUGCUCCGUGAAGCAGAAUAAGUAUGAAUGCACUGACUAAUGUGGAGGUUGCAUUGCUGUAAAUGCUUCAUGACUACUGCAGAUGUCGGAUUGAACAUACAUCACGUUUUACUGGUUCGCUGCACGGAUAGCGCUGUAAUCAGUCUGGUAUUUACGAGGCGACCCUUACUGGGCCUCAGCCAAUAAAAAUAUCUGGACUCGAAGAGAACCUUGUGUUCCAGGUGGCUCCCGGGUAAAAGUAGACGAUAACAAGAAGGAAUAGCUUUCACGAUGGAUAGGGACAGAGCUAGCCCAUCCCCCUCCACCCUGCUGGAGUCCCCUGGUCACAACUCUCCUGGUAGAGCCUUACUGCUGGGUCUGAAGAGGGUGUCUGUGCGGCUGGUCGACUGCAGGAAAACACCAGGGCAGAGUGGAACUGUAAGAGAAGGACACGAGGAGGAGGGAGAGGGAGAUUUGAUUUCAUCAGGGGACACCCCUAACUGUCAUUCUCUCAGUGGGAGGGGCUUAUCAUCUGGGGAGCCUCAACCACAUCAUGUUGCUGAUGAGACAGAGAAGAGUUUCUCCAGAUCAGAACAUCUCAAGAAACACCAGCAGAGAGGUAUAGGGAAGAAACCUCACUGCUGCUCUGGCUGUGGGAAGAGUUUCACAAGCCAGAGUGGCUUCAUUAUUCACUGUGAUCAGUGUGGGAAGAGUUUUGCUGCAUCUAACACCUUCAAAUCUCAUCCAAGAAUUCAUACAGGGGAGAGGCCUUACCCCUGCGUUGAUUGUGGGAAAAGCUUUGUUAGUGCAGGAGCCCUAACCAUACACCAGCGUGUACACACUGGAGAGAAGCCUUUUACCUGUGAUCAGUGUGGGAAGACCUUCAAUCAGUCAAGCAACUUGACCAUACACCAGCGUGUACACACUGGAGAGAAGCCUUUUACCUGUGAUCAGUGUGGGAAGACCUUCAAUCAGUCAGUCCACCUGACAAAACACAAGAUAAAACACACAGGAGUGAAGCCUUAUAGCUGUGAUCUGUGUGGGAAGAGCUUUGCUGUAGCUUCCACCCUGAAUAGACACCAGGUAAUACACACUGGAGAAAAGCCUUAUAGCUGUAAUCAGUGUGGGAAGAACUUUGCUGUAGUUUCCUCCCUGAUUAGACACUAUCGAACACACACUGGAGAGAGAACUUAUGUCUGUCUAUGUGGGAAGAGCUUUGCUCUAGCUUCCACCCUGAUUACACACCAGCGAACACACACAGGAGAGAAGCCUUAUAGAUGUGGUCAAUGUGGGAAGAGCUUUGCUGUAUCAGAAAAAUUAACUAUACACCAGCGAACACACACAGGAGAGAAGCCUUAUAGCUGUGAUCAGUGUGGGAAGAGCUUUGCUGUAUCAGAAAAACUAACAAAACACCAGCGAACACACACAGGAGAGAAACCUUACAAAUGUGAACAUUGUGGAAAGAGCUUUUCUCAAUCAGUAAACCGGAAUAUACACCAGCGAACACACACAGGAGAGAAACCCUACAUCUGUAAACAUUGUGGAAAGGGCUUUGCUCAAUCAGGGAGCCUGAAUUCACACCAGCGAACACACACUGGAGAGAAACCCUAUGUCUGUCUAUGUGGAAAGAGCUUUGCUCAUUUAGGGCCAAUGAAAAAACACCAGAAAGCAAAAAUGUGCCGUAUUUCAUCUCCCACCUAUCCGGCACCGGUUCCAGAUCCCUAAAUAAAGGAUCAAAAGAAAACAUCUCGUGAACAGUCAUAUCCAUCUCCCAUUCUUAAAUCAGGUUACUAAUUCUGAUUUACCAUGGUAACCUGUAUGGAGCAUAAUAUGUAUCUCUUCAUCUGUAGGUAUGAACCGUCUCAGAGCAGGAGCAGGGCCCAUAUCCACAAAGCGUCUCAGAGUAGAAAAUUGGUCAUAUAAGUGCUUAGAAUAGACAUUCUACUCUUAUGGGUAUAAAUUAAAGCUAUGCAUGAAGUCUCUAGUCCCACCUAGUCGGCAGA